UGUUGCAAAUCGCUGACGUAGUGUAGAUCCGCAUAGAACAAGCGCUGUUCGUGGACGACCAAAAACAAACUCAAAGUCGUUUUUUUUUCUCUGACAAACAGUUCGCGUCACAAAGGCCGCGUGCCGGUAGUUAACAACACGAAGAUGUACCUGCUGUUCCAGUGUUUGCGGGACAAGCUGGACGACCUGCUAGACAAACUACGUGGCUUGCCGUCUGAGGACGAGUACCUGGCACGGCGCUGGAACCUACAGCCCCGACGGCGCUUUCCUCGUGUCGUAGCCAGGUCGCCGUCCGUGGAAGUAGAUUCCCCUUCGGUGGACCAAGGUCAAUCCUGGGAUGAAGAACGGGAGAUGCAGUGGCAAGAAAUGGAGGCUGCGCGACGAGCUGAGAUGGACAGGCAAUAGGAUGAUGAUAAGCUUUCUCGGAUCGCUUGCAACAGCAUGAAUUUUUUCAUUUUCUACAAACCCCCCAAGACAUCUUCAAGAGCUCCAUUUUUUCGCCUCGUUUUCUUUCAGAGUACGGGAAACGCCGCUGCGACUCACUUUGAAAAUUUUUUGCCUUUUGAAAUUCUGCC